AUGUCUGCUGCGAAGUUUGAGUGUGCUUCCUACAAGCAUUUCGAGCCCGACUUCCACCCUCAAAGACCAAUCAUCAUCGGCGAGGAAGGCCUCGACUCGCCCGAGACGGUGACUCUCAAGUACGAAGAGGCAGUUGCAAGGGCAAACGGAGACCUUCGGGGCGACUCCCCGCCAGGUGGUCUCCUCCCCAUGUCCCACUACGGUAAACAACAGGCUGGCCCAAUCCACGGGUAUGAUGCCUCCCGUGGGUAUCAGGAAGCUGCCUACCAGCAGUAUGGUUCGCAAAGCUAUCCCGCCCAGCACGGCGGUGCGGCUCAGCUCACCGCAGCCCAAAUGAACCAGGAUGCAUUUGCAGCCAACAGCGCGGUCGGCUCGUACAUGCCUGUCGGCGUAGGCACAUCGGUCGUGUCCUGCCAACCAAGCUCCGGGAUGGCUGGCACAAAGGUCAUGGUCAAAGUUUCGUCGCCGUACGAUCUCCUCGGCAUGUCACCGUACUUAUUUCUCGUUUUCGGGGUGCAGAAGGUCUCGGGGCAUGCAAUGAAGGAUUCUCAGGACAGCAACGGCUACAUGCUGACCAUCUCAGCCGAGGCGCCGCCAUUUGGGGUCACCAGCUGCAACAAUGAGAACGUGCCAGUUACGCUCCUGAUUGAAACCGAGAGCGGCGAGGAAGUCUCGAGGACUGCGGCAGGGCAGUUUGUAUAUCACGAAGCAGGCCCAGGUGCUAGCUCAGACGACAUCACGAGGAAGGUGUCCAAGUCACCUGAGCAACAACAUCAGUCCCCCAGGUCAGCAAGCACUCAGCUGGGGAACGAGGCCAGUACAAAUACGUACGACUUUGCAACGGCGCCGCAGCAACCGGCACCAACCCCCUAUGGGAGCAACUUUUCGCAAGAUCACAACAACGGUAACAAUAUGCUCAGUGCCUAUCGAACCAACUCCUUUGCGGAGCAACACUACUCGCGUGCGGUGCCGCCGCCGCUCCGCCCGCCCAUGGCGGGAUGGCAGGCGUACGGAAGAACGCCGGGCCCCCCCAUCACACACACGCAGAUAUCUCGCCCAAGUCUGACGCCGUUGCCCAUGCCCUCUGCGACAACCCCUCAGCUCGUUCGGACCAGCUCUAUUCCCAGCUCACCUGGGGGAGGACAGCAAUCGGGGUACAACCACUGGGGCUCUUACUCCAACAAGGCCGUCCUGAAGAUUCAGGGGAAGCUCGACUCCAUGGCAGUGGACUGGACGCCGGAGGAAUGGUCCAACCGCCGACGCAUCGUCAUGUUCAACAAGAAACAGACGGGAUCGACGCUGACCACAAGCUUCCGAUCGGUCAACGUCAACGAGCGACCACCCAAUAGCAUCUGCAUCAGCUGCAUCUGGUGGGCCGAGAAGAACGAAUGCUACGUGACAUCGGUGGACACCAUCUACCUUCUUGAGCAACUCGUUGUCGCUCCGGCCAGGUUCACGGUCGAGGAGAAGAACCGCAUUCGCCGCAACCUCGAGGGUUUCCGCCCGUUGACCGUCAGCAAGGCCAAGGCGGACUCGGAGGAGUUCUUCAAGAUCAUCAUGGCAUUCCCGAACCCGAAACCAAGAAACAUUGAGAAGGAUGUCAAGGUGUUCCCAUGGAAGAUCCUCGAGUCAGCACUCAAAAAGAUCAUUGGCAAAUACAGCGCCAGCCCCUCUUCGACAUUGCCGGCAUCUCAUCUCUUGACGCCAACACCAGUCAGUGCAUACCCCCCGCCACUUCCGACGCCGCCGGCGCCGAAUGUCGCCUCGGACCAUGUCGGAUCGUACGGUGUCGCCUCGCAUGUUCACCAAGAGGGGUUGACAUCUCCGAGAUCAAUCAGCGGCAGCACACACAGCUGGCCAGCGUACUCGACGGGACCAGGCCCUCGCAAUCUUUCGCCAGCACUCACAGCGGUAUCCCCGCGACAAUCCGGACUCCGCCUCGCUGCGCCUUUGCCAGCAGUGACGGGUUACGACAACCGGUCGAUGACGACGCAUUCGUACGGCAGCGGGAUGCACGCGCCACUUGGGAACCAUCACGCACCCUCGAUGGGUUCGGGACGCUGGGAUCCUACGAUACCGGCGAUGCACGCGCCUACGACAUACGCGGAGCAGUAUCAGCCCAUGAAUACGCACCAUGCCCCCAGUCACCAAGUCUACGGUGGUGACGGGUACGGGGACGGGGCGCAACGCGCAUGA